AUGGGAGAUGGUUGCGAUCCAAAGUUUGCUCAAUUGUACAUCUAUGAUACUGAGAACGAGGUCAAUAAUAGAAUAAAGUCUGUUGGGAGGAGUGUUGCCGACAAUGAUCUUCAUUCAGAAAUAGUUGGUGAUAUUCAGAAUAUGUUGGAUGAAAACAAUGUUUUGGUACAAUCAUUCCGAAUGGUCAAAGAAAAGAUUAAUCAAGAAAAUCAACCCAAUGUAAGUUUAAGGUUGCUCGGUAAGAGAACUAGGGAUGGAAGAACUUAUAACCUACCUUCUGUCUCUGAGGUUGUUGUUCUUGUGGUGGGUGAUUUUGAUGAAGCCUUGGGUGAUAGAGAUAUUAUUGUUGAGACUCAAUCAAGGCAACUGCAGCGUAUUAGUGAACUUCAUCCUUCUUAUCUUGGUCUUCAAUAUCCACUUCUUUUCGCUUAUGGCGAGGAUGGUUAUAAAGAAGAUAUUGGUUUUUCCAAUUGUAGAAAUUCUUCCUCGACCCGUAGAAAGAAAAAAAAGCUACGGGCUGAAAUGUAUAAUGGUUUGGCUGAGGCUGUUCUUCGAGGGGAGACAGAUGGCUCCAAACAUGGUAAACGAGUGAUCUUGCCUUCCAGUUUUGUUGGUGGUGCACGCUAUAUGAUUCAGAAUUACCAGGAUGCCAUGUCAAUUUGUAGAUGGUUUGGGUAUCCAAAUUUGUUUAUUACAUUUACAUGUAAUCCUAAGUGGCCUGAGAUAGUUAGAUUUGUUGAAUCCAAGGGGCUGAAGUCGGAGCAUCGACCAGAUAUUGUUUGCAGGAUUUUUAAAGUAAAGUUGGAUAAUAUGAUAAGAGAUCUUAAGACAAAAAAAAAAUUUGGUGCUGUCAAAGCAGUUGUCUAUACUGUUGAAUUUCAGAAGCGUGGAUUGCUCCAUGCUCAUAUCCUACUUUUUCUAAGCAAUGAGGACAAACAACCUCAUCCUCGACGCAUUGAUGAGAUUAUUUCUGCUGAACUCCCUGAUCCAGUAACUGAUCCCCUGUAUUAUGAUAAUGUCAAAGAAUUCAUGAUGCAUGGGCCAUGUGGUGUUAUUCGAAAAUCGUCUCCGUGCAUGGUUAAUGGUCGAUGUUCCAAAUAUUUUCCAAAGAAAUAUAUUGCAUCCACGUCGUUUGACGAUGAUGGUUAUCCUGUUUACAAACGUAGUGAUAAUGGUCGUGUUGUUUUGAAGGAUGGUGUGCCAUUAGAUAAUAGAUACGUUGUUCCUCACAAUCGGUUUCUCCUAAUGAAAUAUCGUGGUCAUAUCAAUGUUGAGUGGUGCAAUCAAUCACAAUCUAUCAAAUAUUUAUUUAAAUACAUAAAUAAGGGAUAUGAUCGUGUGACAACAUCCUUUUUUCAAUCUGGUGCCGAGGGUGCUGAACCAAAUUUGGAUGAAGUCAGUUUGUAUUACGAUUGCAGAUAUAUAUCGUCAUGUGAAGCUGCUUGGAGAAUACUUGGAUUUGAGAUUCAAUAUAAGGAUCCUUCUGUUGAAAGAUUGAGUUUUCAUCUUCCAAAUGAGCAACAUGUUAUUUUUGAGGAAUCUGAGGAUUUGGAUGAUGUUUUGAAUCGUAAAACAAUUCAUGAAAGCAAGUUUUUGGCAUGGAUGCAAGCAAAUAAGAAAUAUCCUGAAGGUAGAGAUCUUACUUAUGGUGAAUAUCCAACCAAAUUUGUUUGGAAAACGGAUCACUGGCAGCCUAGACAACAACGAUUUUCUAUUGGGAGGCUGUUUUAUGUUGCUCCUGGUUCUGGUGAUCUGUAUUACUUGAGGUGUUUGUUGAAUAUUGUCAAGGGAGCUACAUCAUUUGAAGACAUUAGAUUUGUAAAUGGUGUUCAAUAUGAUUCAUUUCGGGAUGCUUGCUUUGCAUUGGGGUUGUUGGAUGACGAUAAAGAGUAUGUUGAUGGCAUUGUGGAGGCUUCUUUUUGGGCAUCUGCGCAUUCCCUAAGACUAUUGUUUGUUAGUUUGUUGACCUCCGAAUCUAUUUCACGCCCUGAUGUAGUUUGGCAAAGUUGUUGGAAAUAUUUGUCUGAUGAUGUUCUCUAUAACCAACGAAAACUUUCAAAUCAUUCAGCUUUGAUGCUCAAUGAUGAUCAAAUUCAGAGUUUCGCUUUGGCCGAGGUUGAGAAAUUGUUGGCCAAUGUUGGCAAAAGUUUGCGUAACUUCAGCUGUAUGCCGUAUCCAAAUUCAGAGUAUUUUGAAACUCCUGACAAUAGAUUGAUCAGUGAUGAGUUAUGUUAUGAUCGUGAAGCUUUAGCAAGAGAACAUUUGGAAUUUGUAUCCAAGUUCACUGAUGAACAACUUCAUGUUUAUGAUACAAUAAUGUCAAGUGUUGAUUUAAAUGCUGGGAGAAUGUUUUUUGUAUAUGGCUAUGGAGGUACUGGUAAAACUUUCAUAUGGAAGACAUUGUCUGCAGGGAUUCGUUCGAAGGGUGAUAUUGUUUUGAAUGUCGCUUCCAGUGGAAUAGCUUCUUUAUUAUUGCCCGGUGGUAGAACGGCCCAUUCCCGCUUUAAGAUUCCUAUCAAUGUGAAUGAAGAUUCGAUGUGCAAUAUAAAACCAGGGAGUGCACUUGCUGAGCUCAUUUUGAGAGCUAAACUUAUUAUAUGGGAUGAAGCUCCAAUGAUCCAUAAACAUUGUAUAGAAGCCGUGGAUAGGAGUUUCAGAGAUAUUAUGCGUGGAUGUAAUGAGUUUAGUAUGGACCAACCUUUUGGUGGAAAAACUGUAGUUUUUGGUGGUGACUUUAGACAAAUUUUACCAGUUAUUCCUAAUGGUAUCAUGCAAGAUGUUGUCAAUGCUACCGUUAACUCUUCUUAUCUUUGGAGGAGUUGUACAGUUUUGAGGUUGACAAAGAACAUGAGACUAUUGAGUGUUCAAUAUGGUGAUGAAGCCUCCAAGUUAGAGGCUUUUUCCUCUUGGGUUGCCUCUAUUGGAGAUGGGGUUAUUGGUGGUCCAAAUGAUGGUGAAGUAUCUAUUCAUCUUCCUUCUGACAUUGUUUUGUCUAAUUCUGGAGAUCCUCGUAGAACCAUUAUUUCCAACAUAUAUCCUUCGUAUAUGAAUCCCCAUGAGUUAAGUAAUUCUUUGCAUGGUCGUGCAAUACUUGCUCCUACUUUAGAGGUAGUUGAUGAGGUUAAUCAAUUCAUGAUUUCAUUGGAUCAGUCUCAAGGUACUCCUAAUCAUGAAUUGUUGCUGAAAGUUGGUACUCCAGUGAUGUUGUUAAGGAACAUAGAUCCUUCUAAUGGUUUGUGUAAUGGCACCCGAUUGAUUAUUACACGUUUAGGUGACUAUGUUUUGGAGGGACAAGUAUUGGCUGGUCAUAAUGUUGGUCUUAAGCCCGUCUUCAGUCAUGGACAACUGUAUGUUGCUGUAUCAAGAGUCACAAGUCGUGAUGGUUUGAAGAUAUUAGUUUGUAAAGAUGAUAUUGAUAGGAGUGGAGAUUCUACUAUUAAUGUUGUUUACAAAGAAGUUUUUCAAAAUUUAUAA